GCUAAUUGAAAUUACUUAUAUAUCACUUUGUCAUGUUCUCUCGGGUGUCAUUUAUUUCUCUGAAAUUCAUUAAGCGAACAAGUAUAAUCUUAAAUUGUUUAAACUUUUUAAAUGAGAUGAAAGUUUUUAAUUUGUUAAAAUUUGGUUGAAAAUUAUUGAAUGUUGAAGUGUUUCAUCUUUAUCAAUAAACGCUUAUUAGAUUACUCUGGGAAAGCGCAAGCGCAAACUAUUCGAGCGCGUAUUUCAAAACGGUUUAAAUCCACUGCAGUAGAUAUGGAAAAAGAAAUUAAGAGCUGUCAUCGUGGAGCACUAAUAGUCUUUGAAGGUGUAGACAGGAGUGGUAAAACUACCCAGUGCAAUCUGCUCCAGAAAAAUCUAAAUGCUGAUGGUGGAGAUGUACAACUACUGAAGUUUCCAGACAGAACAACAGUAAUAGGUCAGAUGAUAAACGACUACCUUGCAUGUAAGAAAGAAGUUGAAGAUCAUUCCAUCCAUUUACUUUUCUCUGCCAAUAGAUGGGAGAGUGUGCCUACGAUGCUGGAGUUGUUGAACAAAGGCACCACACUUAUCAUUGAUAGAUAUGCCUUCUCGGGCGUUGCUUUCACUGCAGCUAAGCCUGGUUUUAAGAUAGAUUGGUGUAAACAGCCAGACAUAGGUCUGCCACGCCCAGAUGCUGUUCUUUACUUGACCUUGAGUAGCGAGGUAGCGGCCAAACGAGGAGGAUUUGGUAUAGAAAGAUACGAACAAACCGACUUUCAAAAAAAAGUAGCAAGCAAUUUUGAACUGUUAAAAGAUGAAAGCUGGCAGUUGAUAGAUGCUGACAAAUCAGUUGACGAUCUACACAAAGAGUUGAAGAAUAUUUGUAACAAGACGAUCGAAGAUGUUCAAAACAAGCCAAUAUUAAAACUUUGGACGGAGGGAGAAAUCGAGUGCAAAACGAAAUCUUGAGUUUUUGGUAUAAAUUAUAGUAGAAGAAUUCCAAAGCAUGUGUUAAAUUAAUAUAUAUAUAAUUGCAUUGCCUAACACUUACAGUUAUUGUUUGAAUUAUUGGAAUUAUUUGUGAUCAGCUUUGAAUUGAGAUAUGGUUUCAGUCUUUCAAAGCAUGUGUUACUGUUUAUAUGCAAACUGUGAUGAAAUUCAUCAUUUCAGAUUUUGAAAGAUCAUAGAUAUUUAUUUCAUUUUUGCACGGUUAAGAAAAUUUUAAGACUGCAUUCUAGAACUGAGGUCCAAAGGCCGAAAAACAUAAACUUUGAAAAUCUUAGAAAUUAAGAAAUAUCAAGUGAGGCACUUUAACUGGAAACUCUGCAACAUAUUACACAGAGAUAGGCUCAGAAUUGAAUUGAAAUUUGAUUUUGUGAUGCUUAGACGG